AUGAGAUAUUCAGGAAACGAGGAGGGCGAGGGAAGCCAAGCACCACCUCCCGAGGACGGCUCACUGGCAACCUCCGGCGCGCGCGACGACAGGCUGCGGAGAUCCACGCAGCAGAGCCGCUCUAACGAGCACGUGGAGAUGUCACCGAGGAGCCCUGCCAGCAGUGCGGGUAAAGAACGAUCUUCCCCGUCGACGGUCGUACCGGCCAUCCAGAGCGUGGCUGUGUAUGCGAAGCUCCCGCAGCCAACAGGCGCAAAGGUGAGGCUCUUCCAGCAUGUAGGAGUAUACCUGCGUCGGUCGGGACGGUUCCAAACGCGAGAGGACGACGCGCCGGGCAGCGGGACGAAUGUGUCGAGGUGCGAGGGAGAGCCUGCGCGCGCCGUCGACGUGGACGAGGACGAGGAUGAUGGACCAUAUGUCGUCGUUCAGCGCAUGAUGGUUCGCCGCCUGCAUCUCUGA